UUAAAAAGUCGUUUUUAUGUUUUGUUUGUACUUCACAGUCUUUUUGUUUUAGUUUGUAAUUUACAUCUUUUUUUUUAAAUCGUGCCCCAGGAGUUGUUAUGAAUUGUCAUGAAUAUCAAAAGAAACUUAUUAAAGUUGGCAAUUAUGCGAUGACAGGACGUUUUCUUGGUAAAGGUCAUUUUGCACGAGUCCAAGAAGCCACUCAUAUUCAUCUAAAUGUCAAGGUAGCCGUUAAAGUUCUAACUUUUCGUGACGUUAAAGAGGAGUACAUCAUAAAAAACAUGCGUCGAGAAGCAAAAAUUCUAUCAAAAGUAUCUCAUCCAAAUAUAGUUUAUCUCUUCGAGACCAUCACUACAGCCAAACGAUACUACAUAAUCACGGAACUAGUUAAUGGUGGCGAUCUAUGUACCUUCAUCACGUCCCAACGCACUGGAAAGCUCGAUGAAAAACAAACACGUCCAUUAGCCCGACAGAUUAUUUCCGCUGUAGCCCAUUUGCAUGAACGUGGAAUUGUCCACAGGGAUCUAAAAAUGGAAAACAUUCUGCUAGACAAUACAAAAGAAACUGUCAAAUUGGUUGAUUUUGGUCUAAGCAACUACCGACGUGGUGUGGAACUGCUUCAUACACAUUGUGGUUCACCAGAGUAUGCUGCACCGGAACUUUACAUCAGUGGUCGGCAAUAUGGUCCAGAAGUGGACAUCUGGAGCCUCGGUGUCAUAUUCUAUGGAAUGCUUGUGGGUAAGCUACCCUUUGAAUCGUGGCACAAGACUGGUCUUACACCGGAUGUAAAACGAAAACAACUAAUCCGGGAGACAAAAAUUGGAUUAACUAACCGCCACCAAAAGAAUCUAAUGGACGUAUCCUUGUUGUUUCGAAAUUUGAUUGAGAGAAUGCUAUGUCCGAAUCCAGUGGACAGAAUUACAAUGUUAAAUCUACAAACUCAUGCCUGGAUCUAUGGUCGGUUUUGUCGAGAGUAUCCUCAAGUUGAUGGAACAUGGAAGAGAAUGGCUAUGACACGAAUAGCAAAAAUUUGCGAUUUACCUGCAGCUGAUAUUUGUCGAACAAUCGAAACGAAACGAUAUUCACCGUUAGCUGGGAUAUUCAACAUUGUCAAACUACAUGAAUUGCAAAGGAAAAUUGAAUCGGAUCCAACUCUUAGAGAUAAAACUAAAGAAGUUCAGAAAACCAAAUUGUUGAUUGAUUUGCCAAAACCUAUCCCAAUUUCAAAACCACAAAAAGAAAAAAUUCCUAUUCAAAAUGUUGUGAUGUCUAUCCCACGUGUACAACAUUCUCAAACUGAAGAGCAAACAAAACAAAAUAGAAUUCAAUGUUCGAAAGCUAUCAAAUCCAAUCAAAAACCAAAAACACCCUUUACUCUUGGUCCAUCAUCAAUAACUCCCAGACGAAGAGGAUUCACUAAGGGCCUUGGAGCAGCUAUAAGUAAAAUGUUGCAUAAGAACAAACCUAAACAAACAGGAGAUGCACCAGCACCAAUACCACCACUAAAACAGGAAACUAUACCUGUAAGAAAGUUUAAUGGAAUCCCAAUGCAUACAGCUGCUAGAGCUGCAGCAAGAUUUGAAUUAGACAAAAGAGCUGCUCGAAAACGAUAAAAAUGCAAACACAAAUUUGAAGCUUAUAAUAAAUUAAUACAAAAAAAUAUAUUUCUUAAAUACAUACAUAAAAAACAAUACCAACAAUAAAA